AGGAAUAGAUUUACCAAUAAACAAGUACAACCAAUGUCUUUGUCGCGAUGUCAAGUUGUCUAGCUAUGUCUGUUUCUUGUGUACACUAUCUAUUCCCGUAUGUUUCAUCAUUUCACUUUGAUCGCUGUUUUCAAGGGGACUGUAUCUGAACGUCUGCGAGUCAACAAUGUGUUGAUCUAAAUCAGUGAAGAGGUUGGAUGGAGAACAUGAAAGCUAGUCUUCAACCUCGGAAAAUGGAUGAAGCGGUUGUAAAAUCCUUAAGAGAAAGCAUCACGUUGAUAGGUGAGCUGGGUAUCCCAUGAAAACAACAAUGGCGUGUGUCCGUGUAAGUCGCUGUCGGUCAUACCUGGUGGCUGCACUGAUGGUGAACCUUGUGAUACUUGUUUAUCUGGCAUUCAUACAGCACACGCAAUCUGAGACCGGCGCCGAGGUCAAGUGGGCUUCCCAUCAGUCAUUACAUAAUGAACAGCGGAGUGUCAAUCAAGCUCAUACAUCAGUUGAAUCUGACGUCACUGUCAUCAUCAGAGAAUAUGAGGAGUUUGAAAAUGAUCUGGUAAACUCAAUUGUAAAUAUACAGAAAACCUUCAACAAAAUUCCUGUUGUAGUCAUUGGGGAUAAGACUCCAUACCCUCCCUUACAGACUGUAGAUAUUGUGAAACAGAGAUUCCAGUUUGUUUCCCCUUCAGGUAAUAUCUGGCAUAAUAUGUCCUCAUCGGGACCAGAGUUUUUUAUCAAAACAAAGUAUGUGAUGAUUGUGCCAGACUCGACAUCUAUAACAGAUGUGACACUAUUCACUCAACUGGUGAAAAUUCUAAAUAAUAAUUCUGCCAAAAUUUUAGCAGUUCCGUUUAAGAAUUCCAAUAUAUUCUGCAGUCCAGUUGUUGUGAACUUCAAAACAUGGACACUGGAAUAUCAGCCUUCCAAACCCUCUGACAAAGCCUGCAACAACGUUCUGGGGGAUCAUGCUGUGUUUAUGAAAACUGAUAGCUACUUUCAGUUUUCUCAACCAUACAUGCGUCCACUGCCAUUAUCUUUGUAUAUACAAGGUGCAGUUAAACACUGGACAGCAGCAGUAGUGAAAACAGUCAACCUAACAACCCUGACCAACUUGUACCAGGCUGACCCUCGGCACCGCUGGCAACACAAACGCAAUUACCAGGAGCGACAAGAACACAUGUACCGACAACUAGGCUUUAAACUGGUCAUUCAAGACAGUGGACGUAGACAGUGGUAUGGCUGUACGAAGGACACUACAAGAUGCUUUGACACAGUCAUCAAUGAUAUGCCAGAAUAUCUGUAUGACAAUCGCUGGACUCCUCCAUGCUGUCUUCGAGCUUUACGAGAAACUGCCAAGCAUGUGUUCAGUAUACUGGAUGCGUGUGAGGCCAGGUUUUGGUUGGAAGGGGGUAGCUUGUUAGGAGCUGCUCGAAUGGGUGACAUCAUUCCCUGGGAUUAUGAUGUGGAUGUGGGGAUUUAUAGGGAAGACUUAAACAAAUGUGAUUAUCUUCGACAGUGUAUGCAGGGAUCCUAUGUUGAUGAGAGUGGGUUUGUGUGGGAGAAAGCCAUAGAAGGGGACUUCUACAGAGUGCAAUACAGUGAGACUAACAGACUCCAUGUGGAUAUUUUUCCAUUUCAUUCUAGGAAUGGGACAAUGACUAAAUACACUUGGUUAAAAUCUCACAGACAGGAUACUGAAUUUCCAGAACAUUUCCUAAAACCGUUAUCUAAAAUCAAGUUUGCUGGUUUGGAAGUCAAGGCUCCGAAUGAUGUAAAGGGCUUUCUGGAAUUUAAGUUUGGACCAGGUGUAAUCGAGAAUCCCAAAUAUCCAAAUUCUCAAGACCCAGUAUGAUUCUAGUCUUUCACUUUAGUUUACUUCACAUGUCAUCAGCAUUAUCAAAUAAAGUUUAAUGAGUUUGUAAUAGAUUUUGCCUUCCUGUGGAAAGAUUAAUGAGAUGCAUCAUUGCAUCAAACAUAGAAAAAGAAGUUUUUUUACAAAGAAUUUUUUUUGUCAUUGGUAUGUAUUAAGAAUCAGUGAAGUGAUAGCAGAGAGGUUGUUGUCCAAGUUCUAUCAUAACACAACAGCAAUUGUAGUAAUCCCCUUUUGAUUACAGCUGGCAACAACCACACAUAAAUAAGGAACUAUGGUUUCAUAAUUCUGUAGUAGUAUACUUAACAUGCAUGUCUGUUGUCAUCAUUCCAGCCUGUUUUCCUUAGUUUCACAACAUGACAAAAAGAAAUUACAUUGAUAUUAAUUUUUUAUUCAGUAUUUGACUUAAUAACAAGUUUAAACUCAUUUAUUAAUGCAUAUAUAUAAUUCAAACAAAGAUGAAAACAUGACCUUAUCACAGUCAGCUGUACAAAAUAAUAUACACAUGAAAAACAGUCAUCAACAUUGAUACUUCAACAAAUGGCUAAUGCUGGUCAAUCCAGCACCAUGGAAACAUGGACAUUUAAAUAUGGAUGAACAGUUCAAAUUAACUGUGGUCUCUCAGACAAGGAUUCAAUCCCCUGUCCCGAUAGCUGCUUUUAUAUAAAUUGAACUGUUGUUCACACUGUGGGAUAAGUCAUUAAGACUUCACAUACAUACAUUUCAACAACAUCCUUUUUAUACUUGAACCAAUAAAUUUCAACUUCUUUAAAAUAUUUCAAAUGU